UGAGUAGGUAGGUGCAGUCAUCAGCGUCUGCGUUCAGUGUACCUAUCGUGCGUCGGAGUUGCCAGUUGCUACUCGACAUUCGUCAGUUGAGUGAGCGCUGCGAUAGCGUGCACAACGAGGCACCGUAAAAUGGCUGGAUCGAAAACGGUGUGGCAGUGCGCUAUUUUGUUUUUGUUUACUGUUAUAGCUGAAGCUGCGCUCUCUGGACUUUACAUCGAUAAUGGAGUAGAUCAAACAAUCAUACAUCAUUCUAUGACACGUCACGAAAGGCAAGUUGUUGAACAUGAAAUUCUAGAGCUUUUGGGACUCGGCGAAAGACCGCGGCGUUCUCAAUCACCGCCUCUAGAUCGGUCAGCGCCAAGUUUUUUGCUAGAUGUAUACAAACAAUUAGCUGAAGAACAUGAACAAGCACGUCCCACUCGGAGUUCAGAGAUGGCUCUUAGCGGCGAGGAACAGCAAGCAAUAGACGAAAGCGAUCUUAUUAUGACAUUUCAAAGCAAAAAGCAUCAUUUAGGCGUUUUGCGCCAUGGCCACGGAAGGCACAUAUGGUUUGAAGUCACGGGAGCACCCAGCGAUGCCUCGUCCCUGCUAACCGCUGAACUAAGACUGCAUCAAGCUGCAUCCCACACAGUAGACCCUACAGCACUCUAUACAGUUGUAGCCCAUCGUGUGAUAAGCGUCGAUAACUUGGGGAGUAUGCAAAUGGAGCAAGUUGCCGCUGUUAAUACCAGUGCUGGGGCUGAGGGGUGGUUAGAACUCAACGUGACAGGCGCUUUGGCGUCGUGGCUCGGCGCACCAGCUGACAAUCGGGGGUUUUUCAUAACUUUACAUCCUCAUACCCAACCUGAACGACAUGUGAAACCUGAAGAGAUAGGUUUGGAAGAAAACCACGGCGCUAACUCAGAGGGAAAACAACCAUUUUUGGUGGCGUUUUUCAAAAAUGGCCCUAAACUUGGUAGCGCGGAUGCUGGUGCGAGACGAAAGCGGGAAGCGAGGCGGUGGCGAACACACGGGUACUCAGAGAAUUAUUUAAAGAACCCAUUAACAGACACAUCACAUUGGACGACACGAAGCUGUGAAAUACAAACCUUGUAUGUUAGUUUCAAAGAUUUGGAAUGGCAGGAUUGGAUCAUAGCACCCGAAGGAUAUGGUGCAUUUUAUUGCAGCGGGGAAUGUAAUUUUCCUUUAAAUGCACAUAAAAAUGCGACGAAUCAUGCCAUCGUGCAGACAUUGGUGCACUUACUUAAUCCAACUCAGGUACCCAAACCAUCCUGCGCUCCGAUCAAACUAUCUCCAAUAUCAGUGUUAUACUAUACGGAUGAUUCAAAUGUAAUUCUGCGUAAAUACAAAAACAUGGUUGUCAAAAGUUGUGGUUGCCAUUAAUAUUAUUAACACUUAAAUGAAACACUAGUCUGUAAUCCAUCCAGUAAUCUUACCGAGUUAUGUAACAUUUUUGUAAUAAAUUGUUACUGGGUAUUAAUUUGAAUGUAAAUUAAUUUAUUGCGUUCAAUAAAACUUAAUUUAGGAUUGGAAUUUGAAUCUCAAUGUCAGUAAUGUAUGAUAUAUUUUUAAACUAGAUAUUAUAUGUAUUUCUUUAUAUCGUCUGUUAAAUUUCAAAUGCUUUCUUGUCUUUGUUUUGUGUACGCGAUAUAUUUUAAAUCAAACUUCUUCUCAUAUCAGUUUGGUUAAAUUAGCCCUAAAAAUAUCGGUUAGUCAUGAAAAAUUUGCAUAGAGCUAAAAAUGGAAUGAAACUUGGUACAUGAUUAUAGAUGGAAUGUAAAUAGUCCCAAUGGAUUCUUUCUUGCAAAAUUAUUUAUUCAAGAUAUAUAAGUAUAUUAUUUGCGUUAUUCAGCCCAGUGGUAGUAGCUUUAUGAUUAAAAUAUAUCAAACCAAAAACGCAGAUAUGCAAUAAUCCAUAAAAAAUGAUUUUUUUUUCCUAAACGUCACCGUUUCUGUAAUGUUUGAAAGAAUUUUUGAAAGAAUAUAAAAAAUUUUGAUCACGAGGCGGGAUACGAACCCGCGCUUUUUGCCUAACGUAGCUACGGUAAAUUUUUUCUAUUCUUUCAAAAUUUGAAUACACUGAUGUUCUGACUUCUGAUAAUAAUUGAAACAGCGAUAGAUCAGUUCAACUUGACAAAAACAACAACUAUUGUUGGUGAAGACGUAGUUCUAGAAACAUAUCUAACAGCUUGAACUGCUACCACUAAAAUAUUUCAUAUUUUAUAAUAGCUUAACUUCAAUAACAGAUAUGUUCUAAAGAAAGUUUAUCAGGUAGUUUUUAAUGUGCCAUCAUUUUUUCGCUCUAUUUCAAAAUUUCAUACAUUAUUGCAAUAUCAACAAUUUUUACAAUUAAAUGUUAGCUCUAGACUAAAAAAAACAACAAGCAAGGCUAUUUGUGAACUAUGAUCUUAAAUAAAUUAUUUUACAAUAUUCGACAUCCGUACCAAUUGUCAGCUCUAUGCGAAUUUUACACUUUGAUAUGCCUUUUUUGACCUCUGGUCAUAAGAAUAUACAAGUGUAAUUAUCAUUAUUUUUUAAUAAGAAUGUUACAUUAUAGGUGUAAGCGUCGAAUUUAAUUAACAUUUUAUGUGCCAAUUAAUUGAGUCAAACUAUUUUAGCUUUAAUUUUUAUGAGUAUAAUUUAGAAGAGAAUGUGAAAUAUACGUUCAUAAUUUUUA